AUGGAUGAAAUGGAUUUAGUGGAGGUUUCAGCAAAAUGGCGUGAUGUGGGAGAGUCGCGGCUUGUUGAUAUCGAUGAUCGCGAGGAGUACUUCAUGGCAAUGAUCAGUGACUGUUUACUUAUUCGUAUGCCUCUACGUAAGCGAGACGGUGCCAGGGUCAUUGAUCCAGAGAGAACUACUGCAAAGACGUUUUCUGCUCAGGGCGAUACCGUAUAUGUUCAAAGGUGGGUCGUCUCUCGUCAAGCUCUACUUGAUUUGGUUUGA